CAUUUUAUAACCGGUUUUCAGAUUAUUUUCCCGGUUUUGUUUCGGGUAAACUAGGUUGGCUAUGUAGUAGCACACCUUCGAACGGAACAGAGAAUCUCAUAUCUGCUAAGCUCGCUUUGUUGACGUGAGGGAAGUAACUACCCUCCGGCGUAUUCGUUCUGGGUUUGGUUUUGCAAUGGUAGCGAAAUGUCAAGUGAUCAGCCUCUGUCGUUCUCUGCUUCGAGCGGGACGUAAAUACCCUGACUACAACAUCAGGGAGUACACAAAGCGAAGGACCUUGGAUGGUUUCCGCAUGAACGGGAACCUCACUGAUCAGUCAAAGGUGAAUGAGGUUUAUGCUGAAGGUAAAGAACAUCUGGAGGUUGUAGAGAGGGUUCUCAAGGUUUACUUGGCAUAUCCUCCCAAGACCAAGAACAUCAUGGAACUCAAGGUUCAGUAGUACUUGUAGGUUUGUCAUUUUCAGGGGGGGGGAAUUAUUGGAUUAGAGCAGAGAUAGAGUUAAGAGAAAUAAAGAGUUUCUUUCCUUUGUGAUUUUUCUUAAUAAUCUUCACACAGUUCUGCUGUUAUUUCAUGGAAUUGUUCCCAACUUUCUUGUACUCUUAUGUCCAUCUUUAGCACUGAUUCUGUAAGGCUAUAUAAUUCUGGGAUUCAAACACA